UAAGUCAAACUGCGAAUUAAUUCCUCCUGAAGUUCGUAUAUAUCAUUAUAUAUAUCGCUCGUUCAUUAGUUUCUCGAGUAUCCUAGAAUGUUGUGUUUCCAUACUGCAUAAACUCUAGUUGCUGUUUGUAUCCAUAUACAUAAACUCCUGUUUUUGUCGAGUUUCGUUUAAGAGAUUAUCAUGGAGAUGGAAGGCAGCAGCUACGGUAACGGAGUUUCCUGCAGAGGCGGUGACAUGAAAAAGGGAACAGUUUUUGACGUAUGGGUCGACAAGGUUCGAAGAUGGCCGGGAAUGGCGACACAAAAGAUAUGGAAAGUUGGCCGUGAUGAUCCGAGAAGAGUGAUUCAUGCUUUGAAAGUUGGUUUUUCACUAACAUUAGUUUCAUUGUUGUACUUGUUGGAACCACUCUUUGAUGGAAUUGGAGAUAAUGCAAUUUGGGCCGUCAUGACUGUUGUUGUAGUUCUUGAGUUCACCGCAGGUGCAACUUUGUGCAAGGGAUUGAACAGAGGACUCGGUACACUUUGUGCCGGAUCACUUGUGUUUCUCCUUGAAUUUGUAGCUGAUAAAUCCGGUAGAACAUCCAGAGCAAUUUUUGUCGGUGUCGCUGUAUUUCUAACCGGAUCAGCAGCGACAUAUAUGAGAUUUUUUCCACAUAUAAAAAAGAAUUACGAUUACGGGAUCGUAAUAUUUUUACUAACAUUUAAUUUGAUAGCUGUAUCAAGUUUUCGGGUUCAUAAUGUGUUAAAAGUUGCACAUGAACGAUUCUACACGAUCGCGAUUGGUUGUGGAGUUUGUCUACUCAUGAGUUUAUUGGUUUUUCCUAAUUGGUCUGGUUUACAACUUCAUAAUUCAACCGUCUCAAAACUUGAAGGCUUAGCUGAAUCAAUUGAAGCUUGUGUUAAUAAGUAUUUCAAGGAUUCGGAGAUUAUUGAAGACGAAAAAUCCUCAGAUGAUGAGGAUCCUAUUUACAGAGGCUACAAAUCAGUUUUAGACUCCAAAACUAUGGAUGAAACGCUUGCAUUACAUGCAAGUUGGGAGCCGAGGCAUUCACUGUACUGCUACAAAACUCCCUGGAAGCAAUAUGUAAGAUUAGGAGCUGUACUCCGUCAUUUUGGUUAUACACUUGUUGCUUUACAUGGCUGCCUGCAAUCGGAAAUCCAGGCACCAAGAUCUGUUCGGGACCUAUUCAAAGCACCAUGUACCAGAGUUGCAAGAGAAAUCUCGAAAACGUUCAAAGAACUCGCAGACAGCAUCCGAAACAGACGUCUUCUAGCCCCAAUCUUAGUAUCCGAUCCUCUUCACGAAGCAUUACAAGAUCUGAACGAUGCCAUUAAAUCUCAACCUCGACUCUUCCUGAGUUCCAAGAAUCGUCACCACAACCACCACGCCUCUCAAAUGUUAGCUUUAACGGCCGCCACUGCCAGCGCCCACCAAAAACCACCAAAUACGAAUUCGUCAGCUGUUUCAUUAGCAACGGUUAAAACCGACAGUUCAGCGUUACUAGAGUGGAAAAGGAAACGUGCAGCUGAUCAGUAUAAGGAUUCAGAAAGGAAAGUAUUAAGGCCAACACUGAGUAAGCUGGAUAUAACUAGCCUUGAAUUCUCGGAAGCACUUCCUUUUGCGGCCUUUGCGUCAUUGCUUGUAGAGAUGGCGGCUAGGCUCGAUAUGGUCACGGAACAAGUAGAAGAGUUGGGGCGAUUGUCUAGGUUCAAAGAAUACAAAGCUGAUGAGGUUGAAAUUAUUGUAACCAAUGGAGAAAACAAAACGGUGAAGAAGGAUAGAUCUAGAGAUUUCGCAACAAAUAUGGCUUCUAACGAUGUAGAGUAAUCAACAACUACAUUUUGUAUUAAUUUUUAAGAGUUAUGUAAUUCUAUGGGAUAUCUCAUUGUCUCAUUAAUAUCCAGACGGAUGGUCUCUCCAUUAAUCUCCAUCCUCAACGCCCAACUUUAGUCAUUUAUCAUGGGUUCUAGAUGACUUCAUUUAUCAUGGGUUCUAUGUUUAUGAUUUUUCAAAUUUAUUUGGUUCUUUGUUUUU